UAUGGUGAUGGUUUGUUUUGCAACAAUUUUACUUAAUUUAUUAAAAACAUGAUUAUUUAAUAAAAACUGGAGUAAUUAAAUUAUCUAACAAAGCAUUCACAAUGGAAAGACUAAAUACGUAUUGCCGGUUCUGUGCAGAGCAGAAGAAUAGCGAUAAAAUGCUAAACCUAAACGAAGAAAGCAAGAGCCAAGAAGUACAUAAAAAAUUAUCAUUUUUAAACGCUAUCUAUGUGGAUUUAAUAAACAGCAACGGUUUACCAAAAACAAUAUGUUUCAUAUGUUACGACGCUCUCGACAAAGCUUAUGAAUUUUUGAACACAGUCAUGCGAGCGCAAAAUGUUUUAUCGAGUUUAUUUAACAGAGAUGAAUACGUAUCGGACGAUGAUAGGGCCUACGACGACCUAUUAGACGAUACGGAGGUUAAAGCGGAGAAUUUUCUAGAACAGAACAUGUUAGACAUUAAAAAGAUAGACGUAAAGAAAGAGCCAAAAGACGAAAUGAACGAUGACAUAAACGUACAGGAUAUUUUCGACGCGGCGAUCCGGAAUAUACCAGAAAUGACGAUAUACGCAAAUGAGGAGAGUAAUUUAAAGAAAUCUGUAUCAAAAUGGAGCAAUUAUCCAUGGACUUGUGCUUACUGUAACAUAGAGUUUCUAGACAUAACAACUCUGAGGUUGCACAGUAGGGUCACACACGGCAGAUGUAACGCAUUCACUUGUGUGUAUUGCAAAAAUUAUGAUUGUAGCAAUUUUGAUCUGUUCAUCAAUCAUGUUAGGAAACAUAAACGAAAAUUAAGAAAGCGCUGUGAAUACUGUGACGAAGUAUUCGAUGAAGAAUUGCUCGAUUCACACAUCAGGCAACAUUUCAAAGACGACCAACUGCCCUGCCACCUCUGCGGAGAGAUAUUCAACAAGCACUCGCUACAAGAUCACUUGGAAGAGUUCGAGCCGAUCAAACCAAAACGUAAACGAAACAGGAAACGCGGUGCACCAUUAACAAUAGAAGAAUUGACUUGCAAGCUGUGUAAUAAAGUAUACAAGACACCUAACAGUCUGCGAGAUCACCAGUCCAUACACACGCAGAAUAGGAAGAAAGAUUACACAUGCGAUCGCUGCGGGAAGACCUUCUACAAGAAGGGAACCCUCACGUCACACAUAAUGGCCCACGAUCAAGUCCGUCCGCACAUUUGCAAGAUCUGCAACAAGUCGUUUCUGUUCCCAAACAUGCUGAGACGCCACGUCGAAAUGCACACGGGCGUUAAGCCGUUUUCCUGUGAACAGUGCGGCAGAUGUUUCCGCCUGCAGUACCAAUUAAAUGCACAUAAAAUAAUUCACACAGACUCCAUGCCCCACGUAUGCAAGUACUGCAACAAAGCGUUCAGGUUCAAGCAGAUUUUGAAGAACCACGAGCGCCAGCACACCGGCGACAAGCCGUACGCAUGUGAGCAGUGCGGCAUGAAGUUCACGAAUUGGUCGAACUUCAAUAAACAUAUGAAGAGACGGCACGGUAUGGAUACGUCCAAGAAAAAAAUCACUCCGGAGGGUGUGUUCCCCAUCAAUCCGCAGACUGGUGAGUUGGUGCAGCUCCAGGACGAUAAUAUGGAGGAGUGGAAGACGAAAGUUAUGAUACCCGGGAAACGGGGGAAGAAAAAGGUGUUGAAAGAUUCAUAGGUGAGGUUGGAGUGCACAAAAGUGGCCUUUAGUGUCAUGAGUGAUAUGGUUCAAAUUAGUUUGCUGCAAACCAAAACGCAAUAUAUUAGCACAUUAAUAAAGUGAUUUGUUUAAUUUGUAAGCACAUAUUUCAGGUCCGAAAUAGUGUUAUUUCAUUGGGUUUGCUUGUUUUGAAAUCACUCGUAAACAUAAAUUAUUAAUUUGAAAGUAUUUCACAAGUAAUGAUAAGUAUUAGUAUUAAAACAAAAUGCCCUUCUGUCGCAGUCGGGUAGAAAGCAAAAUUGCCAAGUUUUCAUAUUAUUAUUUAUUUAUUGUGUUAUUUAUUGGAUGGCUAAUUAAUAAAAAGGUCUUCAGCCAAAACUUGCCUGGAAGAUUAAGUUAGACUUUAUAGACUAAGAUCACUAUGAUUAUGAUAAAAAUCUAUUAUAAAAUGACAAAUGUAUUGAAACUAAAUUUUAAUGUUUUUUUUAAAUUAUUUUAAUUCCUUUAAUUAAUUCUGCAUCAUUAUAAAAUAUUAUUAAUGGAGCACAAAAUGAAGUAAACUCGUUGAUAUCAAAACAAUGUUUUAUUCAUUUAUUUACAUAUUAAAUUACAUUCAUAAUAAAUACAAGAUAUAUGAAAAUAAAGUAAUCUAUUAAUCCAUUUUUAAUUUUCAACCAUAGCUAAGAGAAAUUCAUCAUAAACUUUUAUAAGAAAUCAGAAUUUUGGCCAGCCAGUUAUUAUUCAGUUAUUUUACAGUUUCCUUACAAAUAUUCCUUCGAAAUAAUCUGUUCUAGAAUAUUGGUUAUAAAGAAUGAGACUGACAAAGAAUAUUAGUAUUCAUGUAAAGAUUUUUUUUCCAAUAAUUAUGUAAUAAAAUUUUAUAAGUAGGUACGUAUAAUUCGCAGUGGGGGUUCUAGUAAGUUCAUUGGAAUUCAUUCUUAAUAUGCCAGAUAAUGAAAUUACAUCAUUGUUUCAUUUUUAUUCGAUGUGGCUUCUUCAAUCAUUCAAAAUUGCAUAUUUUAUUAAGAAGCGGGUGUAUUUAGAAUCCUUACUUAUAAAUUUAUUACUAUUUAUUAUAGGGAAUGUGUUUGUUGUCUGUGAUUUUCUGGAAGACACCUCGAAA